CGUGGUUUGAAGCGGCUCGGGCUGCUGCCGCUUCAGAAUCGCGCGCGAGGCGUGGGGUGGUGCUGAAGAGUCCCGGCUGAGGCGAGCUUGACUCUGGGACUGUCCAGGGAAACGCAGCGCGGCGGGAGCCCACACCAGAGUAGCCCCGGAGCAGAAGCUGCCUCCGCUACUACCGUCUGUGUAGCCCAGCCGAGCUGGCCAUGGCGUUGUCGAUGCCGCUGAACGGGCUGAAGGAGGAGGACAAAGAGCCCAUCAUUGAGCUCUUCGUCAAGGCUGGCAGUGAUGGCGAAAGCAUAGGAAACUGCCCUUUUUCCCAGAGGCUCUUCAUGAUUCUUUGGCUCAAAGGAGUUGUAUUUAGUGUCACAACUGUUGAUCUGAAAAGGAAGCCUGUAGACCUGCAGAACUUGGCUCCCGGGACCCACCCACCAUUUAUAACUUUCAACAAUGAAGUCAAAACGGAUGUAAAUAAGAUUGAAGAAUUUCUUGAAGAAGUCUUAUGCCCUCCCAAGUACUUAAAGCUUUCACCAAAACACCCAGAAUCAAAUACUGCUGGGAUGGACAUCUUUGCCAAAUUCUCUGCAUAUAUUAAGAAUUCAAGGCCAGAGGCUAAUGAAGCAUUGGAGAGGGGUCUCUUGAAAACACUGCAGAAACUGGAUGAGUAUCUGAAUUCUCCUCUCCCUGAUGAAAUUGAUGAGAACAGUAUGGAGGACAUUAAGUUUUCCACACGUAAAUUUCUGGAUGGCAACGAAAUGACAUUGGCUGAUUGCAACCUGCUGCCCAAACUGCACAUUGUGAAGGUGGUGGCCAAAAAAUAUCGCAACUUUGAUAUUCCAAAAGGAAUGGCCGGCAUCUGGAGAUACUUAACUAACGCUUACAGUAGGGACGAGUUCACCAAUACCUGUCCCAGUGACAAGGAGGUCGAAAUAGCAUACAGUGAUGUAGCCAAAAGACUUACCAAGUAAAAUAGCACUUAUGAGAGAAAUGUCUUUACACCUUUCCUUGACUAAGAAUAUGCUUUUCCUAACAGACUGCUCCUCUUCCUAUAAAGUAGAAAUUUUAUUUUGCAUGAACAUGGCAGUUAUUCAAGAUUAGGAUAAAGGAUAGACAAGGUAUAGUAGCUAUCUUUGAACAUACACUCCUCAGCAGUAUUAUUUUAAAAUUGUUUUAUCCUGCCUACCUCCCCUACCCCACUUCCUUCUCUCCUCUAAUUUGGAGACACUUCAUCACAAACGUUUCACGUUAGAGGUAGUUGGCCAUCUCUCGAGAGCCCUCACCAUUGUGUCCAUUCACUGUGUAUAGAUGGCAGGACUUUUGAGGUGCAAUGUUUGACAGUUAAAAUAGCAACCAUGACCUCAUCAGUCAGCCCCAAACUGGUGCAUAAUGCAUGGUACAAGGAGUAUUUAUGUAUUUUUUUGGAACUUUAUAAUAUUUAGUAAGAGUAUAUGAAAGGAUUGCUACUGUAUCAAAAUCCUGUUUCAAUUUAGUCUAUCCUGGAUAUGUACUAAGGGUGUUACCACCAGAGAAGAGAGCCUUCUACAGAAAGUCACUACAGAUUUUGCUAUUUGACUUUGUACUUGGAUUUUUACUUUUCCUGAAAGCAUUUAUUCUUUAUACCAAUGAUAACACCUGACACUAUGUAGAAGCUAAAAGUUUAGAGGGAGGGAUGAUAUUCGCACGAUCUUCCUCAAGCGUUCUAUCCAUAGAAGAGAAACCAUUGGGCCGCCUGAUCCUCUGUCUAGAUGUGUUUGUUGUAUGCGUUUUGCCCAGUGCCAUUCAUUUGGAACAUUAUUGCUUUCUUCCUUUAUUUUAAAAAGCUCCUUUUUAAGUAAGCAUAGACCUUACUGUUUGUAGAUCUUUUGAGCAACACUACAUAAACUGAUAUUUAGUUGAUUUAGCUGUAACACAGUAUAAUGAUUAGUAAGGUAAAAAUUAACACUUUACAGAAAUUAACCUAAGGAAUGUAGGGUGGGUUUGUCAAAAUAUCAAGUAGAAUUUUCGUCUCUAAAGCGUAUUUAAUGUGGGUAAUCUGAAGAACACAUUAUCCAUCCUAUAUUAAAAACAAGAUAAAACACAGGUUACCAGCUUUCCCAUCCCACCCCCAUUUACUGUUAGACUUUGGGUGAAGGCUGGGUCACUUCUUUUGCACUAAAUUAUUGUUGUUGUGGUGAGUACGUUAUUACCACAGUUUUGCCUAAUCUCAAUCAUUGUGUUUCCUUCAGUUAAAUUUUUCUACAGCCACAUUGAGGAAUAGCACUCUGCGUGUUUGUUUUGUUUCUUUUAAAUUGAAGUCCUAAACCAGGGAUUAUUUGUGCUCUAACAAAGGAGGAUGAACUUUGUGAAAAUAAAACAAAAGUUUGCUAUGUAUUUAUUCUUUUUUUUUUUUUUUUUUUUUAAAUUAGACUUUCUAAGUACUACUCCAAAGCCGGGGUUGUAACUGUAUUACAUUUUUGGUAAUUUUUUUAUACCUAACUUGUUUUAAGAAGUGCUAUUUCUCAUAGGCUGUUUUUGGAAAUUUUAAGUAUAUUGCUUUAAAAUGGCCACGAUUUUCCCCCUUUGAUAUGCUAACACUUAAGAAGGACUGGCUUUAUGGAAGUAGUCUGAUUUUUAUAAGCGUACUGCGUUGUCUAACCUAUCAGUAAUGAGCUGAGUAUAGAAAGAUAAGAAAAGCUCCAUAUUGUAUCCAUUUGGCUCAGGGAGAUUUUUUUUUUUUUUUUUUUUUGCUUUACCUUUCUUAGAACUCCUUAUUACUGAUGAAAAAGUUUGGGCACCCACCUUUUUGUAAUUAAAUAUUGAAUGGUGAUUUAUCUGGUUCCAGGAAGAAGCACUAUCAGGGUAUCUGUUGAGAAAUUCUAUAGCAGUAGCUUCAGUGGGUGAAAAAUGUCACAUUUGCACCAGAACACAGACAGCCAUCAUCACCUUUCACCUAUUUUUUAAAUAGUGGUAACGUGGCAUGCAGGUGCUAUUGAACCUUGCCUCAAAGCUUAAAGUAUGAAAAAGAUUCAAAACAAGGGGUGUCUGUUCUUUCAAGUGAGUGGUGGGACUGAGGAGUGCACUGAAGUGUGGAGGCCAAAGGAGGAAAGAGCAGCGUUUCUUAAGAGUGUUGAAAAACACACUCUGAAACUCAACUGUGGAGUGUUUUGACCUUGGCUGUUCUCUUUGUUUAUUAAAAUAUUUACCCCAGGAUUCCACAUCGGCUGUCUCGAUGUCCAAGGAAGGCAGGUCUACUGUUACGAUUAUGAUGAAGGCAGAAUUAUUUUUCUCUGUAGAAAGACAGACCUUAUUACUUUAUCAGGGAAGUUAGUCAAAUGGAGUUGAGAUUGGCAAAUGGACAAAAGCCAGUAAAAAGGAUGAUCUAGAACAUGCUCUUUACCCCAUCUUAUAUGUGUGGAAAGAUGAUAGCUAAAAUUGUAGGAGAUUUGGGACAUAAAAGUUUUCAUGGCAAUUCAUGUAGUGUAUACGUUGACAUGAUGGAAAUCAUCUGAUAUUAUUUCUGCGACUACUGAAUCAUUUCCCCCCUUUAUUUAAACCAACGAGGAGAUGAGAGUCUGAACGGAAGCUAUCACUAUUUCCCAAGGGAUUCUGAAAAAUUUUUGUAUUCAAUAGUUGGAAAGCUUUCUACCAUUUCAGUUGAUAUGACUUCCUUUAAAAAAAAUGUAAAUGCGGAUUUUCUAUACAGUUCUGUUAUUUCCUUUUACUAGGAUUGUUGACAUGACAAAAUUCAUAUAAGAUUUUAUUUCUUGGUAACUUUGGCUUUCACAACUUAUCUUUAGACCCUUGUGCAAA